AUGAAGAGAGAAAGGGGAGCCCUGUCCAGAGCCUUCAGUGCCCUGCGCCUCACUCCUUUCGUCUACCUUCUUCUGAUCCAGACAGGGCCCCUGCAGGGGGUGAACAUCACCAGCCAGGUCCGCCUGAUCCAUGGCACCGUGGGCAACUCGGCGCUGCUCUCCGUGCAGUACAGCAGCACCAGCAGCGACAAGCCCGUGGUGAAGUGGCAGCUGAAGCGGGACAAGCCGGUGACCGUGGUGCAGUCCAUCGGCACCGAGGUCAUUGGCAACCUGCGCCCCGACUAUCGGGACCGCAUCCGCCUCUUUGAAAACGGCUCCCUGCUCCUCAGUGACCUGCAGCUCAGCGAUGAGGGCACCUAUGAGGUUGAGAUCUCCAUCACGGAUGACACCUUCACCGGGGAGAAGACCAUCAACCUCACCGUAGACGUGCCCAUUUCGAGGCCACAGGUGUUAGUGGCAUCGACCACCGUGCUGGAGCUCAGCGAAGCCUUCACCCUGAACUGCUCCCACGAAAACGGCACCAAGCCCAGCUACACCUGGCUAAAGGACGGCAAGCCCCUCCUCAAUGACUCGCGCAUGCUCCUGUCCUCCGACCAGAAGGUGCUCACCAUCACGCGUGUGCUCAUGGAAGACGAUGACCUGUACAGCUGCGUGGUGGAGAACCCCAUCAGCCAGGGCCGCAGCCUACCCAUCAAGAUCACCGUGUACAAAAGAAGCUCCCUCUACAUCAUCUUGUCCACCGGAGGCAUCUUCCUCCUCGUGACCUUGGUGACGGUCUGUGCCUGCUGGAAACCCUCCAAAAAGUCUAGAAAGAAGAAGAAACUGGAAAAACAAAACUCCCUGGAGUACAUGGACCAGAACGAUGACAGCCUGAAGCCAGAAGCAGACACCCUCCCCCGAAGUGGAGAACAGGAGCGGAAGAACCCCAUGGCGCUCUAUGUGCUGAAGGACAAGGAGGCCCAGGAGCCCGAGGAGGAGCCCGCCACGGAGCCCCGCGCCACGGAGCCCGGCCCGCCCGGCUACUCGGUGGUGUCGCCGGCGGUGCCCGGCCGCUCACCGGGGCUGCCCGUGCGCUCCGCCCGCCGGUACCCGCGCUCGCCCGCGCCCUCGCCCGCGCCCGGAGGCCGGACGCACACGUCUCCGUCCCGCGCCCCCGGCUCGCCCGGCCGCUCGGGCAUCCUGCGGACUGCGGGCGGGCGCUUGCUCCGCGAGCCCGAGGAGGCCGCCCCGGUGGGCAUCAGCGCCUGA